GAAAGGUGUAGGGGUGCUCCGACCUGCCGACUUCCGAGUCCCCCUCCGGGAGGCGGGGCGGGGAGUGGCAGGGCUGAGGCGGCGGGCGCCCCGCGAAGCGCUGAAGCGGGUCACGCUUCCUCCUUACCUCCCCGCCCCACUGCCCCUCCCACCUGGGCCUCUGCGUGGAGACGCGCACCUGGCAACCGGCGGCGCCCUCCCCCGCGGCCCCGCCUUCUCCGCUCCGGCCGGGCGCCCGGAUCCUGCCCAGCGCCCCGAGGCGGCCCCCGGCGUCCGCCCCCACGCCCCUCCGCCGGCGCAGCGCUCGCCGGAGGCUGCCUCGAGCGCUCGCUCGUUGAUGCCGUUUUGGGGUUGACCCGGCGCCGCGGCUGAGGUUCCGAAUCCAUAGUGGAAGCGUGUUAGUGGCCGCGGCUCUGUGAGUGGACCUCGAGUGCGCGGCUGCGGGGUGGCAAAGCGGACCAGCCAGCGGGUCCCGCGCGCAGCUCGGGUUUCGGGGCGCUGGAGGCCGCCACGGCCACGCGGGAGCGGGAGAUGUUGGAGCUGAGGCACCGGGGAGGUUGCCCUGGUCCCGGGGGAGCGGUGGUGCCGCCGCCUCGCGAGGGAGAGGCGGCCGGCGGCGACCACGAAACCGAGAGCACCAGCGACAAAGAAACAGAUAUUGAUGACAGAUAUGGAGAUUUGGAUUCCAGGACAGAUUCUGACAUUCCAGAAAUUCCACCAUCCUCAGAUAGAACCCCUGAGAUUCUCAAGAGAGCUCUAUCUGGUUUAUCUUCAAGGUGGAAAAACUGGUGGAUUCGUGGAAUUCUUACUUUAACCAUGAUUUCAUUGUUUUUCCUGAUCAUCUAUAUGGGAUCCUUUAUGCUGAUGCUUCUUGUUCUGGGCAUCCAGGUGAAAUGCUUCCAUGAAAUUAUCACUAUAGGUUAUAGAGUCUAUCGUUCUUAUGAUCUGCCAUGGUUUAGAACACUAAGCUGGUACUUUCUACUGUGUGUAAACUACUUUUUCUAUGGAGAGACUGUAGCUGAUUAUUUUGCAACAUUUGUUCAAAGAGAAGAGCAACUUCAGUUCCUCAUUCGCUACCACAGAUUUAUAUCAUUUGCCCUCUAUCUGGCAGGUUUCUGCAUGUUUGUACUGAGCUUGGUGAAGAAACAUUAUCGUCUGCAGUUUUAUAUGUUCGCAUGGACUCAUGUCACUUUACUGAUAACUGUUACUCAGUCACAUCUUGUCAUCCAAAAUCUGUUUGAAGGCAUGAUAUGGUUCCUUGUUCCAAUAUCAAGUGUUAUCUGCAAUGACAUAACUGCUUACCUUUUUGGAUUUUUCUUUGGGAGGACUCCAUUAAUUAAGUUGUCUCCUAAAAAGACUUGGGAAGGAUUCAUUGGCGGUUUCUUUUCCACAGUCGUGUUUGGAUUCAUUGCCGCCUAUCUGUUAUCCAAAUACCAGUACUUUGUCUGCCCAGUGGAAUACCGAAGCGAUGUAAACUCCUUUGUUACAGAAUGUGAACCCUCAGAACUUUUCCAACUUCAGAGUUAUUCACUGCCUCCCUUUCUAAAGACAGUGUUGAGACAGGAAACAGUGAGCUUGUAUCCUUUCCAGAUACACAGCAUUGCUCUUUCAACGUUUGCAUCUUUAAUUGGCCCAUUUGGAGGCUUCUUUGCCAGUGGAUUCAAAAGGGCUUUCAAAAUCAAGGAUUUUGCCAACACUAUUCCUGGGCAUGGCGGGAUAAUGGACAGAUUUGAUUGCCAGUACUUGAUGGCAACUUUUGUGCAUGUGUACAUCACAAGUUUCAUAAGGGGUCCAAAUCCCAGCAAAGUGUUACAGCAGUUGUUGGUGCUUCAACCAGAACAGCAGUUAAAUAUAUAUAAAACUCUGAAGACUCAUCUCAUUGAGAAAGGAAUCCUACAGCCCACCUUGAAGGUAUAACUGGCUCCCGAGAGGGAAGGACUGGCAAUAAGGAAAUCUACAGGAGAGCACUGAGAAAUGGAAAUGUGUAAUUGUACAGAAAAAUGGUGGAAAAUGGAAAAUAGAUGGAAGUUUUACAGGCGUGAAUGUUUCUUCUCUGAAAUUACUGUGAAUAUUUAACAAACACUUGAUCUGAGUUAUGACAUAAGUAGCAAAUUGCUGGCAAAAUAUCCUGUACUUUUUCUAAAGUGUAUUUUUUUUAAUGUUAACUUCCUUCCCCUCACUUGCUUUUUGCAAAUAUGUUUUUUUCAUAAUUUCAGACUUAAAUUUUAAAAAGUCAAACACUGUAAAAUGAGUAAAUUGAGGAUGUCUCAAGAUUGUAACCUAGUGGUGUGCCCUUUGCACAAAUAUUUACUUUCACAGUGCAGCCACUGUUAGUUUUUGUGAAAUGUUUUAUAUAAGGCACAAUAGGAAGUUAUUUGUACCGCUCUUCCUCCUCUUAGUCUGAAGUAUUUCUGAAGGGCUGUCGGAUCAAAAAAAACAACCAAACAAAAAACGAAUAUCUACUUUUCAAAGAAGUAAUCUUUGCCAAGGGAAAAAUUCUGCUUUGAGGUGGGUUUAAGUAUCAGGAGAGGAAAGCUGCAAUUUCUACCAUUAUUGACUUGCUAGAGAAAACAGGCAUCAGACUCUAUGUCUGAUAAAAUUGUUUGGAACAACGUGAUCCAGCAAAAAAAGUUUUCAAGAGGAACAAAGGAGAAUUCUGCUCCAAAGAACAAAAUGUUGCAGAUCUUUCCCAGAUUAUCUCAACCAAUGACAGUAGCUCAGGAGGCCACAUGAGGCCAUGUCAUGUGGCCCAUGUCAUGUCUAGGUCGAGACCUCGGUUUUACCUUGUUUCCCGGGGAACUGGUUUCCAUAAGUCCCUUAAACCACAGGCACGUAACAGUAUAGAGCGGAGUGAGUGGGGCGUGGUGGCUGAAGCCGCAGAGGGGGCCUGUGCAGCCCGCUGGAGACUCUCCCAGGAAGAAGGAAGAUCUGCUGGAGACCCAAACCCAGACGACCUCCUUGGGAGCAGCUAAUCUUUGUCCCAUUGCUCUUUCCCAUCAUGUCAUAAAAUCCUAGGACAUCAGCUGAUUAUUUUUUUCUUUCAAGAAUUAUAAUCAAGCAGAAGUGAUUCCCACCAAGAACAAAAAGCACACGAAUGCCAAACCUUUCCUUUGGUGAACUGGAUACUGCAACCAGAAGAGACUGAAUUUCUUAUACACGAAUGUAAGUAAGCUACUGUUGCUGUGUGCUCUCUACCACCAUAUUUAUUGUAUUGAACAGUUGGCACUAAACCUUCAAAAAUUGCCUCGUGCUCCUGGAUAAAUAAAUGUUCAGAGGGGAGAAAUAGGUAUAUUUUAAGAAAUGUUUUGCUAAUGGAAAGAGUAAAUAUUUUUGUUUAAAUCAGAAGGAAAUUUCAAUUAUUUUAUCUUUUCGUUCUAUACCUAAAACAAAAGAUUGUAGAUAUGCCUGGGUUCCAUGUAUGUAAUCUGUAAUUAGCAGUCUCAUUGUGUGCGUUACAUGAUUAUAUCAGAUUUAGGUAAACUCAGUGCCAAGAGUCUAAUUUCUUGGUCUGGCAGGCAUUCAGUCGAUUCGUUCCCACUUGAUGUGUUCCAUCAGCGUUAUUGCACACUGUUCCACACAAGUCUAGAGCUGACACUGGAAAUAUUAUAACAGGAGGGAAUGAUCACUUUGAAAAUCAGGCCACCUACAGUUAAUUUUCAUCAUCUCUCAUAUUUAUUUGCUCCAUCAACAUCUCCAAGUAUUGAUCAUAAGAGAGCUUAGGAUACCAAAAUUUGAAAAAUUAAAUGAAACUUUUGUAAUAGGAAGCUACAUUGAAAACUCAGUGGUUUGCACAAGUAAGAAUUCCCUGGAGAUACGUGGCUAAACUCCACAUUCUUGUUUAAAGUAAAUGGUGAGACAUUGCAGUACUGAAUUAUAAGAGAGCAUUACUCAGUACAUGUAUUGUAAAAUUAAUAUUAUAAAUAAAAUAUGAAGCUAGAAACAUUUGAGGUCACAGUAAUAGCUUUCCUCAAAUACUUUUAGGGUUUGGUGUACAUUAUCCUAUAUGUAAAAAGUAAAUUCUUAAUUUUAACAAAGUUCUAAUGAUUCACCUUUUUAGUGUACUUUUAUAGCAUGUAUAUUAAAAUAGAAUAUAUUUUAGCAAAAGAUUGCCAUAAAACCCUGACUUUGAUGACUUUUAUAUUUGCACUGUUAAGAAUAUAGCAAUGUAGCAGUUGAAAAAUGAAAAAGUGAAAACUUCCUCCACAGUAAUGGCUAAUUGUCCCAAAUUUGCUAUUUUUAGAGGUAUUCAAAUGGUAUUUAUUGCUUGACUUUUUUAACCUGUGGGAUGCAAAUGUAUCCUCUGCUUUCUUCCUCUAGUGAUACAUAUACAUUUACCCUCUGACCACACACACCUUUUUUUUCUUCUUCUUCUUUUUCAUUUGUAGUAUCUCUUCAUUUGCACUUUGGUUUUAAAAAGUAUAUAUCACCUUGUUACGUGAAAAAGAAAGAGUAGAAACAGUGUAUAUAUAUGUUUGGAUGGAUAAUAGCGUAUCAUAUGUGUCAGUCAGUUCUGUGACUUACUGAAACUGAGAUAGGAAAAUAAAAGUGAAACGAAUCUUA